AGCUUCAUAGCAUAGCCACGACAAGAUAUUUCAUUUUCCCGGGAUGUGAUCUUCUAGGAGCUAUCGUUCUUGAUGUUGUCGUUGUUUAAGGGGACUCCUCGUGUUGAUCAUGUAGCUGUAGUAGAUCCUGGGUAGUUUUUCCGAUCUAGAAGUAAUUCUGUUUAUAGUUUUUCCGAUCUUACAGUAACACGACCAAAAAUGUCCGUAAAAAUCGUUGAUCUUGACCGGGAGAGGAAUGCGCUUUCUCUGACGCCAGAAGGGAAGAUCUUCUUUAACUUAAGGCUCGAACGUAAGCACGGCACCGCCAGCACGGCACCGCCAACACGGCACCGCCUAAAACGUCACGGACGGGUCUUAUCUGAGCCAAAGUAGAGCCGGGCCCGAACCGCGACCAUGAGUGAAGGAAUGAACGACGCAAGUCAUUUGAAAUCCAACAGCCAUUUUCUUCUAUCUCCUACUUGGGAUCCUCAUCCUGAAGAAAUCAAAUGAGGGGAACAACAACAAGGAAUGAAUUGCUUUUCGCUUCCAUGGUGCACUGAACUUUGUGCGAGAUUGAUCGUAUUAGUAUUGCAUUCAUUUCUUUUUACUUUUCCGUAUUACAGUAUUGCAUUCAUUUCUUUUUACUUUUCCUAGUUUUUAGAUUGGCUCCACCCUGUAUUAGUAUUGCAUUCUUCUAAUUAACCAGUUCAGGGCUCAAGAGAAGCUCAAGUUUAUCAGCUUCAUUGGCGCAGGACGAGUGGGCAAAAGCUGGCUAGCAAGCAGAUUCGCGGAACAUGUUUGGUACAACUACUUUUAAUAUCCACCUAGUACCUACUUUAAUCCUUGGUCCCGUCAACUACGAUAUUAUAGUACCUACGAGGAGCUCCUUUGUUGAAAAUGUAGUUACUCAGGUCAACGACGCUGCAGGAGGACCGAUUUUCUCGUAUAAUUGUUUUCUUCUACACAUCCCAAGAGCCUAUAUUAUUGUUCUUGUCUACACUACUGCUACAACCUUGCGAGGACCUGGGUUUGCGAACUGUCGUUCAUCUCCGCAAGAUUAUAUCUUCUUCUCCACGUCCACGUCCACCAGGUACGACACCGUAGUCCCCCACAACCUCUAGCUCAACUAUUUAAUAUCUUCUCCUCUCUUCAGAUAGUAUCCAGUAUCCACACAAUCCACUAUUUUUUAAUAUCUUCUUCUCCACUAUCCACACAAUCCACUAUUUAAUAUCUUCUUCUCCACUAUCCACACAAUCCACUAUUUAAUAUCUUCUUCUCCACUAUCCACACAAUCCACUAUUUAAUAUCUUCUUCUCCACUAUCCACACAAUCCACUAUUUAAUAUCUUCUUCUCCACUUCCACGUCCACCAGGUACGACACCGUAGUCCCCGGAUGUACCUCAGGGGCAGAGAGAGCGAAAGAGCGAGCCCGAAUCCCGGUUCCAUGGAGUGGCGACAUUUUUUUCACGAGAGGGCAAGGUGAAGCGGUGACUAAAGGCAUCUGGGCAUUCGCGUUGAGACCGAAUGAUCAGGUACUAUAGACUACAUCAACUUGUUGAUACUUAAAGAUUUAAUUCCUGGUAUUAGUAUUAGAUUAAGCCUACAAGGGAUGAACUCUAUAUAAACAACAAAACAACUACCACCUCUAGUAAUAGGUUACUAUAGGUAAAAAUCAUCAUUCAAAUACAAGUUUUCCAGGUCGACGAAGGUUCCCACGACCCUGAGAACGCCACCAGUGAGCAGGGUAGUCCAAAGCAGGACCCGAAUGAGCCGGGACCGACCAUCAUCAUCCUAGAUUGCGAGGGAAGCGAUAACCUUCUGGACACACAUGCUGAGAAUACUGUGGCCAAGCAGAUCCAAGCUAUCUCCUUCUUCCUCGCUGGUCGCGGCUCUGUGGUCUUCGUCGAAACAGACCGUUAAGAAUUGACUUUGACAUUCUUGAUAUAAGUACUUCCAAAUUAUACUUAAAUCAUUUAUAUUUUGAAUUUGUUCAACUUCAAAGGAAUCUGAAUCAUGUUUGCAGCUCAUCUAAGGCCGACUACGAACGCAAUCCUUGGACGACUUAGCCAGGAUAUUAGAUGUGAAACUCGAUGACGACGGCGCAUUGUACGAUAGGCAGCAGCUUUUUGUGGUAGUGAACAAGGAGACUUUGGGCAGUUCACAUGGUUUGGAACAACUGCUGCAAAAAACGGGAGACCAAAAACGCGCCAGUUGCGUCACGAUAAGCAAUGGAUUUGCUCCGGAUCGAAGAUUAAGGCUAACUUGAACUCUUGAAAUUGCUUGGGGAGACAGGACCGGACCCAACUAUCUAAGUAAAGCGGGUCCGUCGGUCGCUAUCUAUCAGGAUUCUUCGAGCGACCCCUCUUGCUUCCGUGACCCCCUUGAAGAACCUUGAAGCUUCUAAGUUGACAUUUUUUUCGGAUCCCAACGUUCUUUUGUAGAAACAACGGGAGUUCUCCUGACUUGGUUACCUAUUCGGACAUGACCCUUGAAGAGGCCUUAGACCAGUUAUUUGCGGCUAUCCAGAAGAGGACGCCAGUGAGCAACCUGCAAGGUACACAAUCGAAUUGAUCACUUGAAGACAGUCGUGGUCAGGUGAUAACUUGCAAUCCAAGUCAUCGAACGUGAUCCUUGGGUAAGGUGAUCAUUGACGAGGAAUCCCUUACCCAAGUCUUGUAAUCCUUGAUAACUUGCAAGGCUAUCCAGAAGAAGACGCCAGUGAGCAACUCGUAAUCCUUAGAUCAUUUGAGGAUCAUGUUCGUAUUCUUUGUUCUCUUGGGUGAACUACACCUACCAACUCGACCAAUAUCCAUGAUUCCACCAUUUCCAUCUUCAGGUUCCGAAUGCGCUAGGGCUGUCUUAGGCUACCUCAAUAUGGAAGCACUGGAAGAGCACCUCUCAGAAAUGGUCUCUUCCGAAGUUGUGGACUACAAGAGAGAUAUGCUGCCUGUCAUAUCGCGAGAUACUGCCACUGGAAUAACGACAGGGGAUGAGCAGGUACCUCGUGGUACCUCGACCUGGACUAGAUGAACUUCGAGCAGUCCUCUGCUGCAAUUCUUGUGAUCCAAAACAUCAAAGACGGACACUUGAUUCUAAGUAAUCAAAGUUGACUUCUGAGAAGCAGUGGGUGCUACAACUAAAUCUAACAGGAUGAAUCUUCAAGAAGAAGUUAUUGCUCCAUCCUCAUCUACUUCAUCUACUUCCCCUGUCCAUCUCUACUCCUCUACUUCCCCUGUGGUCAGUCUCUGUCCAUCUCUACUCCUCUACUUCCCCUCUUCCCCUGUCUAUCUUCCCCACUUCUCUUCAGGUAAUCGACGACCCUGUUACCAGCAAAGAUUGGCGCGUCACCAUCGAUGACGAGCUCUCUCUCGACUUCGAGCAGCUUUGUCAGAUCACCGUACCGCAGCUGACGCAACGCCUCCUCUUGGCGCUGGAUCGCAGACCUACAAAACUUCCAACCGAUGCCAAGGAACAAGUGCAAUACCUGAAACAGUUGUAUUAUCAGAAGAAUAUUAGUCCAAGGGAUGUUGUUGGAGGGGAUGGAGUUGCUACAAAUGGCACUGGUGCAAAUGGCACUGUUGCAAAUAUUGGCACUGGUGGUGCAACUACAGGGACAACUACAACUGCAAGUGGAAAUGCAUUACCCUGCUCUUCUGCGGACCAUAGUAAGUUUGAUGCUUCAGUGCAAGUUUCAAUAUCGAAGUUUGCGAGGAAACCCUAUGUCCGAUACGCCACCGUCCGAGCACCACAAAUCGUGGAGAAAUACGUGGCUUUGCUGGAAGCGGAAUUGACUUUGUUUUAUGGUCAAAAGCUUGAAAAUACUUAAGUAGCUUCUUUCCCUUUCAUCUUGAGAUCUUACUUCUCGCGACUAAAUUAUGCACUCAAUCUUUCUGCCUGUAUCCCUCAACACAGCAUUUCAAUUUCUAAUCUGCAUUUCUCCGGGAAAAACACAACCAGCGUUUACUUGAAACAGCAGACAGCGUGUUGCAGACUCUGGUAGAGAUGCUCGUCCUACAGCUAGAGAGUGACACUCUCGAAAAACUCUUAGCUUCGACAUCUUCUGCCAGUACAGGAAACAGUGCGGAUGAUAUCGAUGCAGCAGGUGCAUUUAAGACUAUUUAUUAUUUUUAUUGUUCGUCAUAUUGAUUAUCAUUGUCUCAUGUAUUUUUUGUCUCAUCAUGUAUCAUUUGUCUCAUUUAACUGUCUACGCAUCAAACCAAGCUGGAGUGUAUUUUUGUUCGUCGUACUAGUCCUCUUAGGGGAUUGUACGUCUAGUACGAGGGACGAGAUAGGGAAACCACUCCUAAAGAACCACGCAUAGAGAGAGCGAGUGACUACCUUUAAUUCAUCACCAGAGUCUCAGUCUUCUUCCGGUACAUCAACGACAGCAGAAGGUCUGAGUAGCAACAGCAGCAAUGCAGGCGGCUCGGCGAAAGCGUCACCGGUCGAGAUGGGCGAUAAUAGUGGAACUACAGCGAAUGGAGGACCUUUGUUUACGGGUUCUAUUAAAGUCGAGAUGACCCGCCCAUGUCUUAGUACACCAUUUUUUAGUUAUUUUAGUAUUUUUGAUUUAAAAGAUGAUUAUGUUCCCUCUUGGAUGAGUUGGAACCAAAAGGAGUUGCUAGAAGAAGCUGUCCUCGUUCCCUCUACCUCUAAUUUCUCCGAAAUAAAUAGCCAAAAACAAAAAUUAGUACCAACUACGGAACAAGAUGGAGGCGCUACACCCUCUUCGGCGUCGUCUAAAGGGGGAGCAAGACGGCUGAAGUCUAUCACUGGGGAAUCCGUGAAAGUCAGAUCGCUUCUGUGCUACGACGACCAGAUAUUGGAUAGGCUCUUGGCGGAAUUCGACGCUAACCCAGUAGUGGAAAGGAUACUUAGCGAAAACAAGAGUGGAGAUCAUUUUAUGGAGAAGAUGAGAUCCAGAUUCAUUCACCCUCUACUCAAGGACGUCAAGUCGUCCAAAAAUUUCUAAAAAUCUUUCGCGUGCUACCAUCGCAAGCUCCCCCUCCACGCCGACCGAACAAAGCCUCGUCUUAUCCAAGCGCACAGAGCUAGAACACCGCUUACAUAGGAUCUAUGUCUCCGAGGUGAAUCAAAAUUUAGACAAAUUGGUCACAAUUCUGCUAGAACGGCUGAAUCUUCCUGGUGGGAUGUUCGGUUUCCUACAGAACGCUUCCUACGACGAUGACGAGACACAAGCAAUACUGCGAGACUUCGAGAACAACCACAGUGUGCGGAGCUGUACAGAAAGGCUGAAAUCGCUGUCGGAGGGAGGAGGAAAUUUAAGAACACUGGAGACCACGACCUCUUAAGUCUAGUUUAUUUUGUUUCAUCGUCCUCCACGAGCUCUAAUUCAGUCUCCGAACCGCAGGACAACACAGACUUCCCAGCAGGCUUCCGACGCAGCAACGACAAAGGAAGAUGGAGGGACGAAAGGCGCGACAACCUCCUCCGUAGGUCGCAAAAUGCAAAUACUCAUGGGCAUGGACCCAAGUAGCAGAGAUAGCACGUCUAGUACUUCAACAACUGGCAACGACAAAAAGUCAGACCUCUUGAAAGAAACAGUGGACCGCUAUCGGCAUAAACUCCGCUAUGCAGUCCAAGAGCGCAUACGCAUGCACAACGAAAAAAUCCUGACACAACUCAUAGGAAUGUUUAGGUGCUGACGCGGUUGAGCAUGGUCGAACCCUUCCUCCUAGUCCUAGAAUAUACUAACAACCGCAUGGUUGAACCGUUCCUCCUAGUCCUAGAAUAUACUGUGUGGAGGAGUUUCGGUAUGCUACUCCGUGCCCCGUUUGUACCUUUAGCAGCUGUUUCUUGUGCGACUCUCAUGUAUAUAAGUCAAGGUGGAGACAACUCACUAUCUAUGGAUGGGUCGAGUUGUACUCAAUGGGAAUAGCAGGAGUGGUAGUAGAGGUGGCCCUGAAGAAAACGUCGGUAGUAAACGUUGUACUAGUAGAGCUCCUGUCUGUAUCUAUAAUCUUAAUCUUUUUUUACUGUUGUUCAUUCAAAAAAAUCAUUUUAACUAAUCGAAGAUUUGUGUAUUCGUUGUAAGGACGCCAACGCCUGAGUGUACUAGGUAUAAAUGUCAAAUUCUCUUCUGGAGAGAUGACAGGGAAGAUUGGGGUCUGAUGUUACCCUUUUGAUUGGGACUACUGUACGUAGAAACCAGGGUAAUCCGUUUCUGCUCUUCAAACCAUGAACAUGAAGCAGAACUAAAAGCUUACCAAACUGAUCAUGAAGAACCGCGAUGAAUGAAGCA